AUGGCUGGUAGUAUAUCAAUCAAGGCAUGCAACAGUUCUAUCUAUGCAAAUACAACAGCUGAUGGCAUCAUGUCAAAGACCUUCGUACCACAUAGGUACAGGACUAACUAUGACCACUCCUCAAUACUGCUAUGAAAUCAAUACACCAUUUUGUAUAUGCACAUUUUGCUAGUUUCAGUCCUCCUAGUGUAGUGAUAUUGUGUUACAUCGCAAACCUGGUAUCUAGGGCUGUAUAAGGUUGGUUACUUAAUAUAAAUUGAAUAUAAUGAAACAUGGACACGUGAUAUAUAAAAACCAGCGAAAACAAGGUGAAAGCCGCCAAUAUAAAUUUAGUUAUUUUAGUUUCAAUUGUUAUUACAAUCCAUAUAGUAAUCGUAAUAAAAUAACAAGAAACAACAUCUAUAAGCUUCUUUUCAGUUCUUUCUUAGGGGAAAUGAUAACAUCCCCUCCCGACAGGAAUGGGACAAAAAAAUUUUGCGUUAACAAAAUGGCGUAAAUUUGGUGUGAUUACGAAACAAACAAUAAACAUGUUUAUAAUAUUUAUAAUUUCUAAUCGUAUUUCAAUUUUAAUGACUGGCGCUAUGCUAAAGUUUCGUUUUGUCCCUUGUUAAAAACGUGAUUAUUUUUAACGAAAGUUACAGUAACUGUUUAGAAGACUUCCUGUAUUGUUACAGAUACUGUACGGUAACAUUUCACAAUAUUUCCGUUGUUAACGUGCUUUUUCGCUGGGCAUUAACAAACAAACAUAGCACUGGAAAUGUUGAAAAGUAGCGCAAACAAUACAAAUCACUAAUGUGUAAAUGUGCUUCUGCCAAAACGAUGUGCAAUGUAGUUUUGCAAAAAAACGUACUGUACCAAAUAAAUUGCAGUUCCAAUAUUCAAAUUAACUUUCUUAUGUUCUUUUAAAGUGAACCGUUCGCAAAACUUGGCAGUCUAUCAUAUUUGUGGUAUGGUGCAACUGCCGUGGCUACAACGUUUGUUGUGGGAGUUAUAGUCAGCUUGAUAUGUGGUAAGUACUGCCAGAUCAAUAUUAAUUUACAUUCACUGUGAUUUUGAAAGGUAAUUUUAGAGAUGUUGUGAAGUCCGUAAUGUAUAAACAAAUGCAUUGUUUACAUUUUGAACUGCUAUAUUUGUAAAAUAUUAUAUACUAACUGAAUAUCUCACACUUUUCUGGUUCGAUAUAAUGCAUGUAAAUGAACACAAGCUAGCUAGUUCAAAGAUGCAAAAUUUAGGCUAUGUUUAUAUCUGCGGUUCCCCCUUUGUUAUGAUGCAGAGCGGAUUUACAGCAUCUUUAAGGGUUAUGGGAAUAUCAAAGUAAUAUCUCAAUUCCAAUACUUACAAAUAUAUAAAUAAUGCUGUGACCUACAGUAAUCACACAUAUUGUAGAAAAAGAACGCGAAAAAAUUCUGUGUGACAACCUAUCUGCACAAUCAGCUGGGCACAAUUUUGUGCGUGUUUUUCGGCAUCUUUAAGUUUUAUCUUCAAUUGCGUUUCAUAAUUUCCUAGUAAAAUUUAUAAAUUGCAGUUCAUUUUCUUUUCUUUUCAUCUAAAGAAACAAACAGUGAUCGCCAGACAAGUCCAGGUCCAGAACUCCUGUUCAAUAUUCCAGACUUCUUUCGAUCAUUAAUAUGUUGCAAGAAAGAAAGCUGGAGUUUGGCCAGCGAAUCGUCACUAACUCAUCGUUCUUACAAUGAGAAAAAAGCAAAGGUAUAUUUAUACAUAUCCUAUAAGUAUUAUCGCGGAGCAUUUCGAACUUAUUUUCGGACCUUCAAAAAUACCCGGGUAUAUUUUAGUAGAUUUUUUUUAUUAUUAACGGGUUUUAUCAAAUAAAUUUUGUUGGAUUUUUGAACUGUCUGUGCCAGUGUAGUCUCCCUCGCAGACGUUCUCAUAGCUCUAACCCUCGCUAACGAACGUCUGCUGAAACGAACUGCACAUUCCAUUCCCUCCGAUCGACCAAUCACAGCGAACCUUCUAUAUAUCGGAAAGUGAUUUAGGAGCGGAAUAAAUAGUAUACAUAUAUUUUGAAAGCAGUCGUUAGUUGAAUUUUGGUCAAAAUUGCACAUAAAUUGAUUUUAAAGACAUUGAUACUUGACCAGGAAAUAAAAUGCACCAUUAAUUAUUUGAUUCGGAUAUUAAAGAUGUUCGGUUAUAUUUAAUUAAAACGAGGACAGGAUGGCGUACUGUAUGAAUCUAGUGGCGACAGCAUCGAGUGCCGAAUAUAUUUCGCAGAAUUUUUAACUUUUGACAGAUGUUUAUCUUUAAGACAACAGAACUUUGAUAUAAUACUGUGGCUUAUAUAGAAAGCGAAAUAUUAGUCUCAAAGUAAACUAAUUUGCUCUUUGAGCAACCACUUCUAUAACUUCUGAAUGCAAACACAACACAAAUAUAAAACCGGAGAAACGUUUAAUUGCGCCGAGGUCAAUUUCCAAUUUGCAAAACUCCGAAACGUUUAUACAUGUAACUUCCCUAUACUUUUCUACAUAACAACGAGAGCUUAAAGGCACAGUUCAGCCUUUUGAAUGAUGGUUUUUAAGGCGCAUUUCAGCCCUUUUAAUUGACCAUUUGCGUAAUAGACUAAAUUUUGAUCUCAACAAAAAUUUCAUUACAGCUUGAAAGAGCCUCACAAAAUUAGUAAUAUUCCAAAGUUACGUUGCAAAAUGUUGUAAAAUGCGGAAAAUAUAGCCUUGCAAAAUUUGCAAUUUUCAGUCAUUUUAGAUUACAAACCGGAAAUUGACAGCCUCGAAGGGUUUGAAAAUUGCAAAUUUCGCAAGGCUAUAUUUUCCGCAUUUUACAACAUUUUGAAACAAAACUUUGGAAUAUUACUAAUUUUGUGAUGCUCCUUCAAGCUGUGAUGAAAUUUUUGUCCAGCCUUGUUUAGUUCAAAAGUUAGGCUAUUACGCAAAUGGUCAAUUGAAAAAACUAACUAGCAAAAUCAAUUAAAGCAUAAUUCAAGAUCAGUAAAACUCUUUAACUUUUUAACAAUAAAAAUGUUUUAAAAUGUUAAAAACAUUAAGUUUGGUGAUCUUGAAUUAUGCUUAAUUGAUUUUCCUAUAGUUAUAUGCGUCUUAAAAACCAUCAUUCAAGAGGCUGAACUGUGCCUUUAAUCUUUUAGAAUUUUCUUCGAAGCCAUGGCACAAAAGAAGUAUUUAAUAGCCACAUUUGGACAUAUCCUGAUCUACUCGUUGUCGAGUUUCCUGAAUGCUUGUUUGUGAUUGUUAUUAACAAAACUGAAAAUUUCGCCUGUUGCAUAGCUUUUGCAUUUUAUAUACACCAGCUGUUUGCGAAACAUGCGAGAAGAUGAUCACAAUAUUAUUCUACGUAAACAUAUCGUGAAGUUUAUGGAUAUGCUGUAUAGUUUCCAAAAUAUCUCCACGCAAGUAAACAAUUUUCAACCCAAACAGUUAUUAUGUUGCCACAUUCAAGGGCUUUCCCAAGUACAGUAGCUAAUCUCUCAAUAAGAAGGCUUCCGAUUUGCUCUACUCUUUUGAACACUACCAGAUGAUUGGCUCCUAAAACAAAGGGAACGAAAUGUGUAGCUCGUUUGAGCAGACGUUCGUUAGCGAGGGUUAUAGAGCUAUAAGAACGUCUGCGAGGGAAACUAGUACCAGUAUUGGUAGCAUCAAUAAUAUAAACCAGCUUUCGUUGGUAGGGAUGCAACCACCUGAAAAAUAUAAGGAGAAUUUAGACGUUUGGAGCGAAGGCCCUUCGUCUGGAGUUAUAGUACUGGCAACGUAACGCCAGACGAAGGGCCUUCGCUUCAAACGUCGAAAUCCUCCUCAUAUAUUUUUCAGAUACAGUAGCUGCAUCCCUAUCAAGGAAAGCUUGUGGGGUUUUUGAACUUUUCCGGGGGUUUUGGAUUAUGCGGAUUUUUUGUGGAUUUCUCCCGGACUUUGAACAGACAUUCGGUCGAGUUGGUCGGAUACAAUCUUCUUUAUAGGCUAAGACCCUCCCAACCACUAUAGCCAGCCAUACUCCGAUCACCAUUCAUAUAUCAUGGAUACGAAAUUUUUACUAGUUUCUGAAACAUUUUUCUGUCAGUCAAAUUGUUAUCGCUGAAGCUUGAGUUUCCUGUUGAGCAGUGAGAUGAUGUUUCUUUUUUCCGUUUUCAGCCCUUGGAACCAGGCUUUACCUAUGCCUUUUUAUUGGCUUACCGUGUCGAUUAAAUUUUGGCUGUUUUCCAUUUUUACUUUGUUUCAGAAGCCGCUUGAAACGAUCAGGUUUCCUUUUUCUUUCAAUGAAUCUUCUUUCUCUUGUUGUGGACUUUCUUUUACUCGCAGAUAUAAAUUGGAUAAAUUUAUCCGAGGUCCGGUGGCAGUUUAAAUCCACUAUCCGGCGAAUAAACUCGAAGUUUGAAGACAAAAAAGUGUAUUUCAGAUAAAAGGGAUUGCCAUUGUGAUAGAAAUGGACAAAAUAAAAUACGGUAUACCGUUGAGAAGUCCUUUUUUUGACCCUAAAGGAACAUGGAAACUUACUUCUCUUGCUAUUGACAUGCAGCGAGAUGAGCUCACUAAUUCGGCCUACUAAAUAGUGCCAUGGCUUUGCCAUAUUUACGCAAACCAGUGUCAGUGCUUAGACGUUAGAUAUUCCGGCUUUUUUCCCUUUUUUUCUUCAUUAUGUAGUUUGAAAACAAGCAAUAAAACUUUCACUAUUAUAGCUGUGAAAAAACAAUGACUUCCCUUCGAAGCCAAACAAAUAUAAAUAUAAAUAGAUAACAAUAAAGACGAAAACGUUUUCUUCGCUCAUUAAUUCUUUCGAUCAACCAAUCAAAUCUGACAAGAAAAUGUUCUUCAAAUUGUUUUGAAUGCAUGAAGUACAAGGUCAAGGAACAAAUAUUCGUAUAUAUAAAAUAAAACUGAAUCAGCGUGCUGAAACAAGUAAACAAAACUCACCGGUCAUUGCUAUUGCUUUGCUAUAUAUCCAUUGGAUAGGAGAUUUAUCCAUUUGAUAGGACUGAUCCACUGGAUGAGUUAUCCACUUUUUUCGUACAGCCGGUUCCAGUUGAGUACCUCGAACUCCUUCCAGCGAAUGUCAGUGACGCCUGGUUGCUUACACUGACCAACUGUAGCUGAAAUCGUCAUUAUUUUGACCAACGAUUAAUAUCUCCCUGUUGCAACUGAAAACAUUGGCACAAUGCACUUAUAGCUAGGAUGAAAAUCCUUGUAAAGAUUGCGUGGUAUUUCCUAAUGAUUAUUGCGCGAUGUUACGACAAACUGAAUAUUAUUUUUUAUGUGGAUUUCUAACUUGAUCAGUUUCUAGUUAACAAGCGAGUGAAAUAUGGAAAUUAUCGAGUGGAAAUUUCUAUACAUUUGUUAGACCUAACCCGGAACAGAAGCGAAAAAUGCAACUUUACGUCCCUGCCAGGAAUCGAACCUGCGGCCCUGCGAUUCCGCAGGUUCGAUUCCUGCCAAAGCCUAAAGUUGCAUUUUUCGCUUCUGUUUCUGGUUAUGUCUAAUAGAUCUAUAUAAAUUUCCACUCAAUUAUUUCCAUCUACGACACACUUCAACUAGUAUUCAAUCCAGUGAGAUGCCAACAAAAUCUUGAUAAGAGUAAAAUAUGACAUUUAUAAGAUGAUAUUUUAGAUGUGUGGACGAAUUAUCGUGUAAUCAGCGCGUCAUUUCAUGGCAGCAUAUACUUAGGCCAUUGGACAUUUUAGCCAUAUGAUACAGAAGACAAAUUUUUUUAUAUAAAUGUGUUCAAUAAUAAUUUUGUUUUAGCAAAGAGACGUUGCAUCUUCCCUUGUUUUAAAUGUCUGAAAGUUUGAUUUAGAGAAUGCCCCCCCUCCCCCCCACACACACACAUUCUCCCUAUAGAUUCGACGCAGAAUCCAGCUACUAUUUUUGCUUUGAUUUUCAGGACACAAAAGAUGGUGACGAGAUACAGUUGAACGAGAUGAAUUAG